AUGCUUUCUCUUCUCCCCGCUCUCCUUCUGGCGGGGGCUCACGUUUGCGCGGCGCAGGGUCCAGGGCAGCCGCAGAACACAUUCGAUUGGUCACAAUUAAAAGCCAGCUCUGACAUCACUUGGGUGCCCUGCAACGACCACUUCCAAUGUGCGCGUAUUUCUGUGCCUCUCGACUAUACCACACCAAAACUCGGCUCUGCCACAAUUGCUGUAAUGCGUUUACCUGCCUCUGUCCCACCGACAGACCCGACAUAUCGUGGGCCCGUAUUCUUCAAUCCUGGAGGACCUGGGGCGAGCGGUGUACAGAGUCUACUGGGUGUUGGUCCGUUUUUCACCAGUGUGUUUGGCGCAGAGUUUGACUAUGUGAGCUUCGAUCCAAGGGGUAUCGGGUUCUCUACGCCAACUACCGACUUCUUUGCUUCAGCUGCCGAAACUGCCCUUUGGAAUGCAGGCAACCCAUCUCAAUCUCUCAACGCAUCGUCAGACUCGACUGCAGUCGCGCGUUUUUGGGGGCUGUCGCAGGUUCAAGGACAGCUUGCCGCCCAGCACGAUUCGACAGGCAUUCUCAAGUACCUUACCACGGACAACGCCGCACGGGAUAUGCACUUGAUCAACCAGAAGUUGGGCUUCAAGAAAGUGCGAUACUAUGGGAUCAGUUAUGGAAGCGUGCUUGGGGCAACGUUUGCCGCUCUUUUCCCAGACAAGAUAGAACGGAUGAUUUUGGAUGGCGUUUUGGAUGCAGAUGGGUGGUAUCAAGCGAACUUGACUAUUCAAGCCUCGGCUACCGAUGCGACCCUCGACUCAUUUUUCACUUCCUGUGCUGCUGCUGGUCCUUCCUUGUGCCCCUUUUCUCCUAGCACAUCCAGCACAGCCCAAGACCUCUCCAAUCGCCUGACAACGCUAACCAACACCAUCCUUGCACAACCCGUACCCGUGAUUACUCCAGGGGGUUAUGGGCUUGUCGAUUAUUCCCGUCUUCGCCAAACGCUCUUCCAGGCCCUAUAUGCGCCAUAUGUAUUCUUUCCACCCCUUGCCCAAGCUCUCGCAGAUCUGGAGAAGGGCAAUGGUACAUCUUUGUUUGCGAUUCUUGCGCAACCACAGUUCACAUGUGGCGCUCCGGCUCCAGACGGUACCCAGCCGACUGGGAAUCCACUUGCAGCAACAUUUGGUGUGCAAUGUGGAGAUGCAGUUGAAGUCAAGGAUUCGCUGGAGCAACUUGACGCGUACUACCGGAAUGCAGCCAAGCUGUCGCAGUUUGCUGAGUUUUUGGUGGGGAGUGGCCGAAUUACCUGCAGCGGAUGGAAGAUACAUCGCCAGAACCGAUUUAAGUGGCCUGUGUCUAAUAUCAAAACGAGCUUCCCUCUGUUAUUCGUGGCUAACACCGCCGACCCGGUCACCCCCAAGCAGAGCGCACAAAAGACACGUGCUAACUUCCUGGGCUCUGCGCUGCUCGUGCAGGACUCACCGGGGCAUACAUCUACAACAGCACCAUCGCUCUGCACUUUUGGCUACUUCAAAGCAUAUAUGACCAACGGGACCCUUCCGCCCCCUGAUACCACAUGCCCUGUUGAUGCGCAGAUAUUUGGUGGAGGACCACCGGAUGGUUCGGGUCCGGUUACUGCGGCCAAGACGCGGGUGCAGCUAAGCAAAGAGGACCAGGACACAUUGCAAGUGUUGAAGAGCAUUGGGGAUGUUCUUCGGCCUAUAAUUGCGAGAUGGUGA